GCACGUCCUCUUGUACCUCUUGGAGAUCCUGCAGUUAUGCACUUUAUGCACCUUGACGUUUUGUUUUCAAAUAUUUAAUAAUGUAAACGACAGUUUGCAUAGAUAAACUGAACUAUGUUCUGGAAAUUUAAACGCGCUAUACCUAUGACAAUAUUUAAACUCCUCAUCAACGUUUAUUUCGGUCUUUAAAACUUUUAUUUUAAAGAUCUUGUGUCCUCUGUGUACAGUACUCUGCUGCUUUUUGACACUUGGUGGCUCCAGUACUCGCGAACGGGAUUUUCUCGUUACCAUGAGUGCAGCCCAAACAAAUCACUGGACUGGGAUAUUUUUUAUUUUCGAUUGCCUCGCCCUUUUUUUCUUAUAUCGGUCUGUGCUUCUGAAAUCUGGUGCUGGAGACAGCGGCUAAAUUAUUAUUUUGUAAAUUUAAGCAGCAAAAUGUUACCAUUUAAACUCUUGUCAUCUGAUUUAUCUUGCAAGAAAUAAAUCAUCUGCACCAUAACACUCAAGUAAUCGGUACAAGCUGAUAAUCCAAGAGGAGUCUGAACUGUGUUGGUGUGAGCAAUGGUGUAUAGAAAUUCAACUGGAAGCACAGUUCGAGCUGGAAUAACCUAUUGAAGUAGAACAUACGACAGAUUUCAUGUCUCAAUGUCUGUAGACGGCUUUGUGGAUUUAUGAUGCGAAAUGACUGAGCUUCACCAGGCUGCUGCAGCUGGGGAUUAUGACCUAGUGGAGGAUAUUCUUAAAAGGAAUAUAUGUAAUCCUAACCAUAAAGACAUUGACUGGGAUGGUAGGACUCCUCUGCACUGGGCAGCAGCCAAAGGGCAGGCUGAAACUGUAAAGAUAUUGAUAGAAAAUGGGGCUCGUCCCUGCCUCAGGACUGACUCUGGAUGGACUCCAGCACAUUUUGCAGCUGAAUCAGGAAGACUAGGGGUUCUCCGAAUGCUGCACUCUCUGCAUGCCCCAAUAGAUAAGGAGGACGUCUCUGGUGACAAGCCUAUAAGGCUGGCAGCAAUUUAUGGACAUAAAGACUGUGUUAAGUUCUUAGAAAUUGCAGAGGUUGAAUCCAGGGACUUUCAGCAAAUGGCAGAGUUAAGGGGCACACCUUUGGAUGACACGGAUGAAGAAUGGGAGGAAAAGAAGAAAGAAAUGGAAGAAAACAAAUUUGUCCAAGGCCAAAUCUUAAAAAAGACUGAAGGUAUCAAAUUAGCCUAUGAAACAGAUCCAAAAUUUAGUUUACCAAUAAAAAAAAUUAUUACUGCAAGUCUCAGAAUGCAUUCUUCAAGAACACAGAAAACUAAGAGGUAAUUUAUAGAGUACAUACUUUUUAAUGACAUUAAAAUAGAUAGACCUGCACUUCAGCUGUGGAUUAUACCUGUCUGACAUAGAAUUAUGACAUUAACACAUUGUUCUUAUUAUUAAUGAAUGACCAUUUAAGAGAAUGUCUUUCUUUUUUUAGUCUGAAUUAUAAUUCCAGCAAUUAUGGAAUAAUGCUGAAUGUUGUUCUUAAUGGAUGUUUAACUAUGUGCUUAUACAGUGUGGCAGCUCUUUUUUAGAAAGCAAAAGAUUAACCAAAAAUAAGAAAAAUACAGUAUUUGUGGGUAAGGUAAAGGAUUUUUUAUAGUUUGUUUUUUUCAAUCAGAUACUUGCAAAUUACAACUGUGCAGUAAGAAAGAUAUUAAAGACAAUUCUGAGGAAAUAAAUUGAUGUAAAUAAGGAAACAAAGAUAAUGGAUCUUCAUGCUUUAAAUUAAACUGACAGUAAAACAUUUUU